AUACUCGCACCCCCUGUCCUCGCGGGAAACAUUCAUACACGAACCCUUUUUCCCCUCAAUUCACCAUGUCUACCAGAGCAUUGAGUUGCAACCUUGGUGGAAUUGCUUCUCGCAUUCGUCUUGUCUACGCUGGCCAACGCAAUGCCUCGACUCUGGCCCAGAAAGACCUUAAGGAUACGCUUAAGGAGAUUAUUCCCGCGAAGCGUGAAGCGCUGAAGAGGCUUAAGGCAGAGCAUGGACAGAAAGUGCUCGGGGAAGUUAAGGUUGAGAAUGCUAUUGGUGGGAUGAGAGGUAUCAAGGGCAUGCUCUGGGAAGGCUCUGUUCUGGAUGCCAAUGAAGGGAUUAGAUUCCACGGAAAGACGAUCAAGGACUGUCAGAAGGUCUUGCCUAAGGGGACUUUUGGGGAGGAGAUGCUUCCCGAGGGAAUGUUCUGGUUGCUGUUGACUGGACAGGUUCCUAGUGUCGAGCAGGUCCGUGGGUUGAGCAGGACGUUGGCCGAGAAUGCGGGAUUGCCGGAUUUUGUUGGGCUGAUGUUGGAUAAUAUGCCGACUACCCUACAUCCUAUGACACAAUUCGCAAUCGCUGUCUCCGCUCUAAACCAUAACUCCAAGUUCGCCAAACUAUACGAGAAAGGUUUAUCAAAAGCCGACUACUGGGAGCCCACGUUCGACGACUCCAUCUCCCUCCUGGCUAAGCUCCCCACUAUUGCCGCCAAGAUUUACCAAAACACCUACCUCGGCGGUGGCCCACUCCCGUCCCCUGUCGCGACCCAGGAUUGGUCAUACAACUACGCUGCAAUGCUCGGAAAAUCCGAUAACACCGGUUUUGUAGACCUCCUGAGACUCUACCUCGCGCUGCAUGGCGACCACGAGGGCGGUAAUGUAUCCGCGCACGCAACUCACCUCGUCGGCAGCGCACUUAGUGACCCCUUCCUCUCGUACUCUGCCGGUCUCCAGGGUCUCGCGGGGCCUCUCCAUGGCUUGGCAGCGCAGGAAGUGCUUCGGUUUAUCCAAGCAAUGCGCAAGGUAGUCGGCGACACCUACUCGGACAAGGAUAUCGAAAAUUACCUCUGGUCCCUUCUCAACAGUGGGCAGGUGAUCCCCGGCUACGGCCACGCCGUCCUUCGCAAGCCGGAUCCCCGCUUCGAGGCGCUCAUGGGUUUUGCCGAGUCCCGUCCCGAAGUGGCGGAAGGAGCCGUAUUUAAACUCGUCAAGAAGAACAGCGAGAUCGCGCCAAGGGUUUUGACGGAGCACGGGAAGACCAAGAACCCGCAUCCGAACGUGGAUUCUGCUUCCGGCGUUUUGUUUCAUCAUUAUGGAAUCAACCAAGACCUGUACUACACCGUUACUUUCGGCGUGUCGAGAGGCUUGGGUCCCCUGGCACAGCUGAUCUGGGAUCGAGCUCUCGGCUUGCCGAUCGAGAGGCCCAAAAGUCUUUCCAUGGAGGCGAUUUCCAAGGCUAUUGGCGCUUGAUUUCUCUUCUCCGAUGUGAGAUGAUACCUUGUAAGUUAGGUUGGUUGAAAGUCUAAGAAAUAGAACAAAAACAGAAAAAGUAUCUUCAUAGAA